GCACUUGUAACGUGUAGAGUACCCGCUCGUAUCCGUAUAUAUCAUAAUAUAUAUACAAAUAUACACAUAAACGCAACGUUAAUACGAUCGACGAAGUGGUGCGUGCGAGUCUCGCUGCAUUAUUAUAAAAAUAAAAUAUAAUAUUGCAUACAUCAAUAUAUGCAAAAUAAAUAAAUAAUUAAAGUGUCAACUACUACUGCUACUACUGCUACUCUUGAGCGACGGCGGCCGUGUGCGUGACGCAUAUAUAAAAUUUAUGAGCGAGUUUUGAAUACCCGUACCUGCGCAGCGACGACGAUUUUUUGUCUCUCUCUCAGAAGGCAUCAACAACAGCAACAACAACAAAAACAACAACAACGGCAGCGAAAAACAUCGUGUAAAACGUGUGUAAUAAAAAAUUGAAAAUUGUCAUUCUCUCGCGCUCGAUUUGCACACAGUGUGAAAAGCGGCAGAAGAAAGAGGGGAAAAAAUUGAAGCAACAACAACAAACAAAGUGUGAUUCUUGAUGAUGCAGCAUUGAGAGCUUGUGUGCACAGAGUACAUGGUUUGCAAAUUGUAAAGAAAGGAAAAAAAAAACAACACAAUAACAAAACUCCAAGCUCAACGUGAAAACGUUGGCCUGCUGCUGUUAAGUGCAAAGCGCAUUGCCCUCUGGCAGAAAGUCGACGCACUAAUUCGACAACAUAUAAUUCGUCUCUCUCUCUCUCUCUCUGUCUCUUGCCUCCGUUGCAGCGGCCCGCAAAAGUGCAGCAAAGCAAAAAAAACGUCCGAUAAUCUCUCUUUCUCUCCUUUGCCUCCCUCUGCGUGUAUCAAAAAAGAAAAAAUCGGCCGUCGAGACACUACUACUAGGCCACGAUAAAACGCACUCACUCUCUCGUGUACACACGCAAGCACGCACGCAAGCACUCGCUCGGGAUCUCGAGCAAUUAUGGAAUUACAAUGCAGCGUGCAGAAUUACGCGUGGGGCAAGCGCGGCAGCCACAGCAUAAUCGCCGAGCUCCUGGAGUCGAGCGAUCCGGAGUUCACGCCGAAGCUAGACGAGCGCUACGCCGAGCUGUGGAUGGGCACCCAUCCGAGCGGACCCGCCACUUGCAAGGCGACCAACGUCAAGCUGUCCGAGUACAUCGCGAGCAACGGGCCCGCGAAGAUCCUCGGCGAGGCGUGCGUGCGCGAGUUCGGCGACACGGAACAGCUGCCCUAUCUCUUCAAGGUGCUGUCCGUGGACAAGGCGCUGUCGAUCCAGGUGCACCCGAACAAGAAGCAGGCCGAGGCGCUGCACGCCGCGCGGCCCAACGUCUACAAAGAUCCGAAUCACAAGCCCGAGCUCGCGGUCGCGCUCACGAGGUUCGAAGCCCUGUGCGGCUUUCGGCCGAUCGCCGAGAUCCAGAGCUACGUCAAGUCGAUACCGGAGCUGCGCGCCUGCAUCGCUGCCGAUGACCCAGGCAGCGGCAGCAGCAGCAGCGAGCUCGAGGCUCUGCUGUCGAGCAGCGACGAGGACACUCAGCGCCAAGCUCUGAGGCGAUGCUUCGCCAGUUUGAUGAGCCACGACAAGUCCUGCGUCGCCCGGGAACAGAAGAAAUUCUUGGCGCGCCUGACCGGCGAGGAUUCGGAAUCGAGGCGGGUCCUGCAGGCCGAAUUGUUCGAGCGACUGCACGAGGACUAUCCGGGCGACAUCGGCUGCUUCGUCGUGUACUUCCUGAACUAUCUCGUGCUCGAGCCCGGCGAGGCCAUCUACUUGCGCGCCAACGAGGUUCACGCCUACCUGUCGGGCGACUGCGUCGAGUGCAUGGCCUGCAGCGACAACGUCGUCAGGGCCGGUCUCACGCCCAAGCUCAUCGACGUCGAGACCCUCGUCGACGUGGCCUCGUUCGCCUCCGCUCCGGCCGACGCCAAGACGUUCCAGCCCCAGGCCGAGGACGAGUACUCGCAGGUCUGGCGCCCGGACGAGCCCGACUUCGCUCUGGCCAAGAUCUCGCUGCCCUACAAUAUGGAGUACUCGACGAGGCCCAGGGCGAGCGCGAGCAUACUGCUGGUGGCGCAGGGCUGCCUCGAGGCGCGCGUGGACGGACGCGACAGAUUCGUCGCGCGGGGGACGAGCGUCUUCCUGGCCGCCGGCGAGGUGCUGACCAUCAAGACGAACGCCAACGAGCCCGUACUGAUGUACCAGGCGUUCGCCAACGUAUCGUGAUGACGAUCUCGCGACUGCAUUCAUUCUGUAACACACACAGUGCAUUUUUUGAGCAUUUAUUUGUUUCCAUGUUCUCUCGAUAGCGUGAUAUAUUAUAUUUGUCAGAUUUUUAUAUUAUUAUACAUAUUUUACUUGUGAUAACGUCGUCGUCGUGCGUCGAUACGUGACAAUAAUGUAUUCUGAAACGAUUACACAUGCAUAAUAAAGUUAUACAUUACCAGAGCGCCGUGCACACACGGUGCUUUUAAGCUUAAAACUUGAGUGUGCAAAAAAACUUUUUUCCCUAUGUACUCUACUACUCUUUUCCGAUAUACAUAAAUGAAAAGCAUGGAUAAUCCUCACCUAUAGUAGAGCUUAUUAACUUGUGAACUAUUGAUCAA